AUGAAAAUAUUUCUAUUCCUCUAUAUUUUCCAAAAAGUUUUCUGUCAACAAGAAUUUCCAAAUUUCGAGAAAACUCUGGAAAUCUACAGAAACUCUUUGAAAUCCCAAAACAUCCCCGAUCUUUUUCGAAUUCUCCACGAGAACUUCACAAUCACAAAAUGCGAUUCGAAAAAAUCGCAGAUAACUCGUGAUUCUUUGUCGCAAAUGUUCCGGAAAAUUCCUGCGAAUCAUUUUGAGUUUAAUGAAAAUUAUCGAUUGAAUUUGGAGGCCCAGUCUGGAAAUACUAAAAGAUAUCGAUUGAUUUUUGAAAAUCUCACUUCAACAAUUUUCGAUGUUCAAAAUGACAACUUGAUUUUGUCCGAGACUCAUCGAGACUGUAAAUCAAAUUUUGAGCCAAUUAGCACUAGCCUAAUUAAUGAUAAAGUUCUAGCGGCUAAUUAUUCUUUAGCUAGUUAUUUGGAGCUACUUCAGAACCCUGGAAAAAAUCUGGAUCUUUUUCUCCUUCCUAACUUCGAACAUCAUGAUUUAUCUGGAAAGAUUCUGAACAAAUCUGAAUUUCUGGCUGGAAUUCGGAGCUAUGGGAGAAUCGUCACUUGGGAUGGUUCUAAUUUCAAAAUUUCACUAACCUGGGAUUCUGGAGCGCUGAAUUAUGGAUGUUAUGUGGAAUGGAAUUGGAAUGGGAAGAGGAGCUUGUUGAUGUUUGAAAUCGGGUGGGUUGAUGGAGAGUUCAGGCUGCGCAGGGAGAUUCAGAGAAGUUUGCCAGAACAACCGGUUUAUACAGGUGAGAAUUUUUUUAAAGUGAAUCCCAAAAAUCCUCCAAAAUAUUUUCUUUCAGCCCUCAUCGACUACAAAUCCACAAUUGAAAAUCUCGCUUCACGACUCGCACGACAAUUCACCACCGCUUUCGCCUUCAAAAGUCGCAAAAUUCUCGCGAAAACUGUUUCCAGCGAAUUCGAGCUUCACAUUUGCGAAAAAAAUCGCACACUUUUGUCGCCUGAAGAAUUUUUGAGAGUUGCUCAAAAUUCGAAUUUGGGUGAAUUUAAAGGAAAAAUUUAUGAUUUGGUUUAUGACUUGGAGAGAGAAAAAAUCAAUUUUUGGUUUUUGUCUGGAAACAUUGAACUUAUUUUUGUUGAAGGUGAGAUUGAAAAUCUAGAUGUUUUAUCUGAAAAUUCUGAAAUUUUUUCAGCAAAAUCAAUCAAUAAUUUGUAUUUGCUAACUGCUGCGAAUAUCACAAAAUGCCUGAAUUCUCAAGAAGAUUCAAAAAUUGCUCAAAAAAUCGAGAAAAACCUGCAGAAACUUCUCGAUUCCUAUGUUCGUGCGAUUAAUUCGUGCGACUUUUCGCAACUUCCCGCGACGUUUUCGCACAAUUCCUAUCCGGAAUUGAUGCCUGAUUUGGUUUUGGAAUCGUUUGAAAUCAUACCAGAAGGAGAAAAAGAGGAAAUGGUGAAAAUUCUGGCGAAAAUUGAGGGCCAGAACAAAGUUCUCGAGUUUCGCGCCGAAUUUGCGGGUGGAAAAUGGAAGUUGGUUGAGGAAUUGAGGGAUGAAAAUUGGAAAUUUGAAUGA